UGGCCGACAGAAAGCUCUCCACACGGACAGGAGGGGCACAAAAAACAAGAGAUUUCUUUUCUUGUUUGUUGACGUUUAUGUCGGAAACGAGAGCUUCGAGUGUUAAGUUUUUUCACUGAAGCGUCCAAAAGUGGGGUAGAAAUCAGGGAAGCUGAAUGCCAACGGAUUUGACUCGACACCGUCUUCCCUGGACGUUGGACACUAAGUUUGCUAUCGGUUUCGGUUACGGAGCCAUGGAGAGACAAGCCAGGCUGCUGCUCUCACUGCUCAUCCUGAUGUCGGAGCUGAGUCUCAGUGAGCACCAUGUCCUCCGCAUCGGAGGCAUAUUUGAAACCCGGGAGAAUGAGCCAGUAAGUGUGGAUGAGUUAGCCUUCAAAUUCGCUGUUACCAGUAUCAACCGGAAUAGAGCAGUAAUGUCCAACACCACAUUGACCUACGACAUUCAGAGAGUGAACUUUUUUGAUAGUUUUGAAGCAUCCCGUAGAGUGUGUGACCAGUUAGCUCUAGGUGUGGCUGCAGUAUUUGGUCCUGCUCAUAGUUCCACAGUGAGUGCAGUUCAGUCCAUCUGUAAUGCCCUGGAGGUCCCACACAUCCAGACCCACUGGAAACAUCCUUCUGUUGGCAGCAAAGACACCUACUUUAUCAAUCUCUAUCCGGAGCACAGUUCCAUCAGCAGGGCCAUUUUGGAUGUUGUGACCUACUAUAAGUGGAAGACUAUAACAGUUGUGUAUGAAGACAGCAUAGGCCUAAUGCGCAUGCAGGAAGUGAUUAAAGCACCAUCCAGGAGUGGUAUGAAGGUGCGUAUUCGUCAGUUGCCCAUGGGGAGCAGGGACGCUCGCCCCCUUCUCAAGGAGAUGAAGAAAGAGCAGGAGUUCUAUGUCAUUUUUGACUGCUCCUACCAAAUAGCUUCAAAGUUGCUUAAACAGUUAAUGUCGAUGGGGAUGAUGACUGAGUACUACCAUUUUUUCUUCACUACUUUGGAUUUCUUUGCACUUGACCUGGAGCCAUACCGAUACAGUGGUGUAAACAUGACUGCUUUUCGUCUGCUAAACCUGGACAACCCCAAUGUUGCAUCUGUUGUUCAGAAAUGGAGUUCUGAAUGGCAGUUUUCUUCCUACAGACCUGAAAGUGGGCUGAUGAGUGGAAUGAUGACUACAUCAGCCGCACUCAUGUAUGAUGCUGUGUCCAUGGUUGCUGUGGCAUCACAGCGGGCCAAUCAGAUGACAGUAAGCUCUCUGCAGUGCCACAGGCACAAACCAUGGCGGUAUGGACCCCGCUUUAUGAACCUGUUUAAGGAGGCUCAAUGGGAUGGCCUGACAGGACGUAUUGUCCUUAACAAGACUGAUGGACUGAGGAAAGACUAUGAUUUGGACCUCAUCAGCCUUAUGGAAGAAGGUACAAGAAAGAUCGGGGUGUGGAAAUCCUACACUGGUCUGAACUUGGUUGAAAAAAGAGACAACUCUAAUAACAUUACAGACUCACUGGCAAACAGAACGCUGAUUGUUACCACAAUUCUGGAGAAUCCAUAUGUAAUGUAUAAGAAGUCUGAUAAGGUGCUUUAUGGGAAUGAUCGCUUUGAAGGCUACUGCUUGGAUCUGCUGAAGGAGCUCGCCAAUAUUUUGGGGUUCAGCUAUGAAGUCAAGCUGGUGUCGGAUGGAAAGUACGGUGCACAGAAUGACAAGGGGCAAUGGAAUGGAAUGGUCAGGGAGCUUAUUGACCAUAUAGCAGAUCUGGCUGUCGCACCUUUGACCAUCACAUAUGUGCGAGAGAAGGUCAUAGACUUCUCUAAGCCAUUUAUGACACUGGGGAUUAGUAUCUUGUACCGUAAACCCAAUGGCACCAAUCCUGGAGUCUUCUCCUUCCUCAACCCUCUCACCCCAGACAUCUGGAUGUAUGUGUUGCUGGCAUGUCUAGGAGUCAGUUGUGUGCUUUUCAUUAUUGCUAGGUUCACACCAUAUGAAUGGUAUAACCCUCAUCCUUGUAAUCCUUCAUCAGAUGUAAUGGAAAACAACUUCACGUUGUCAAACAGCUUGUGGUUUGGAGUUGCAGCACUUAUGAGGCAAGGGUCAGACCAGAUGCCUAAAACUUUAUCUACCAGGAUUGUUGGGGGGAUUUGGUGGUUUUUUACACUAAUCAUCAUAUCAUCCUACACUGCUAACCUGGCUGCCUUCCUCACGGUUGAGCGGAUGGACGCUCCAAUUGAUUCAGCUGAUGAUCUGGCCAAACAGAUGAGAAUAGAAUAUGGAGCAGUGAGAGAUGGUUCCACCAUGACUUUUUUCAAGAAGUCAAAGAUCUCAACAUACGAAAAGAUGUGGGCGUUCAUGAGCAGCAGGAAGAACACGGCCCUGGUGAAGAAUAAUAGAGAAGGCAUCACACGUGUCCUCACCACAGACUACGCCCUCCUCAUGGAGUCCACAAGCAUAGAAUACAUUAGCCAGAGAAACUGUAAUCUCACUCAGGUUGGGGGACUCAUAGACUCCAAAGGGUAUGGAGUAGGCACACCUAUAGGUUCACCUUACAGGGACAAGAUAACCAUUGCCAUCCUACAGCUGCAGGAGGAGGGCAAGCUCCACAUGAUGAAGGAGAAAUGGUGGAGGGGGAACGGCUGCCCCGAGGAGAAUACCAAAGAGGCCAAUGCCUUGGGAGUAGAAAACAUUGGGGGUAUCUUCAUUGUGCUCGCUGCUGGCCUCGUUUUCUCUGUUUUUGUGGCAAUUGGAGAGUUCAUCUACAAAUCUCGCCAGAAUAGUGAUGUUGAAGAGGCCUUCUGUUUCUAUUAUGGGAUUCAAUCACAGCAGCUGCAGAGACGUAAUUCCCCCUCUCUCACUGGCACAUCCAAAUCCACAGAUUUAGAGAGUGGGCACCUCCUUGAGGAUGACACAUGCUCCUUGCAUUAAUCAUUUCCACUCCUGCCUCCGUAGCUAUGAAAGGGAGCUAGAAGUGUUCUUCAAGUGGCACAAAUCACUCAGGAAAAGAAGAGGGAAAGCCAUGAUCGCAGGAGUCUUAUGCAAUUCCAAACACUUCCUGAGGAAAGAAACUGUGGGCUAGGUAGACUAGACAAGAUUGUAAUGACUUUUAAUGAAUUGGCAGAGGAUUUUCAUUUGACAGUUGUGUUAAACAGAAUGUUUUGUUUAUUUAUGUAUUUAUGUUUUUUUAUUUAUUUAUUUAAACACAUCUAUAGUGUGUAUAUCUUACUUUGUGGAAGUGAAACACAACUUGAUGCAGUUAUUGAAUUGAAUGGAGUCAUAUUCAGGAAUCCACUAAUAUCCCUUAUUCCACCGUAGCAUUUUUUUUCUCUGUCUUCAGUUUUCAAGAUAAAGAGGUUUUGCAUAUUUUAACCAGCACUAUUUUGUCUCUGUGAGAAAAUAAAAUUAGAAUUUAAGUCAGACUAAUUUGAACUCUUUUAUUGUGUGAAUUAAUCUCUGACAAUUUAGUAAUGUAGUAAUCUUAACUGGUGUCGAAGAAGGAAAGGAGGAAGGCGUGUUCGUAAGCAGAGAGAGAAGAGAAAAGGCAAGAGUUUAGGAGUGAUAGUAGGGACAUUGAAUGUUGGGACCAUGACAGGGAAGGGAAGAGAGUUAGUUGAUGUGAUGCAGAGAAAAAAGGUGGGUAUACUGUGUGUACAGGAGACCAGGUGGAAAGGUAGCAAGGCUAGAAGCUUAGGAUCAGGGUUUAAAUUGUUUUACCAUGGUGUGGAUAGGAAAAGAAAUGGAGUAGGAGUUAUCCUAAAAGAGGAGUUUGUAAGGAAUGUUCUAGAGGUGAAGAGAGU